AUGUUUCUGGUUGGAUUAACAGGUGGUAUAUCGACAGGGAAGAGUACGGUUUCAAACAUAUUUAAAAAUCACGGUAUUCCGGUGAUUGAUGCCGAUCUGAUCGCACGUGAAGUAGUUGAGCCCGGGCAACCAGCCUAUCAUAAAUUAAGAGAAGAGUUUGGUAGUGAGAUAUUCGAUGAUGAAAAUGGCGGUGUACUCAUUCGAGAGAAACUUGGACAAUUGGUCUUUUCAAAUCAACAGGUUUUCAUCAUAACAGAUUUCAUUCAAUAA